UGUUUCAGUUUAAAAACGUCGUCUCAGUUUUAACGACGUUGGGUUUUUUACUAAAUUGUGUUGUGUUUCUGUGUGCUAAAAAUAAAUAAAAUAAUAUAUACCUACACCCUCUUUAUCCUGGAAUCGGUGGAGGUGUUUAAACAAACAUUUUAUUAACGACAUUUGUUUAUUCUUCGUUUGCGUUUGUAAUUUUGUAAUGAUAUUUGUCGAAAAUAACGAAAAAGGCCCUUUUCACGUCGAGUAAAAAACAAGGAGACCCGACGUCAUCUUUGUAUUUGAUUGCUUUUGCUUUUGUGCCAGUUCAGAACCUACAAAGCUAAUAAGACCACAAAUGUUUGCAACAUUUAUGCUCGCUUUUAGAAAGUAAGAAACAAAGUUUAAUGAAGAUAUAUUAACAAAUAAAACAAAAAGUUAAUUUAACAAAUUCACAUUUUAACGAAAUAAAUCGAAACACGUAAAAGUCAAAACAUUGUGUCGUGAAACGUUUGUUGCAGAAACUAAUCGAUACAUCUCCCCCGAAAUAUACAAUACAUCCGUUAUAAAUAUUUGUAGAAAUUGGUUGAAAAAAUAAAAUAAAAUAAACUGGAACGAAGGAUAUAACAAUCGAACGGCGGAUGUAAAAACCUAGGCCACAGUUAACAACAGUAGCGAUUUGACGUUAAUAACAUAAAAUAAUUUUUAAAAUCCGUACUAAUCAUCUUAAUUCAACAAACUCAGGAACUCAAAACACGUAUUGAAAAAAAAAAACCGCAUCGAUGAAUAAUUUUUAAGAACCCAAAUUCUAAGACAUUAUUUAUAGUAAAAUUAAAAUAAUAAGAAGAACAACAACAACGGAUUGAAGAAAAGGCCAAAGAAAACUCUCUUUUCAUUGCAACUUUAGCAGUAGCCAGCACAAGAAGAAUAAGAAGAAGAUAAACAACAACAAUUACAUAUGUCGCCAGAAAAGUCAAUUUGGGCCUAUUUGAAUCAUUUCAUAAUGAGCAACAUUUCAUAUUUGUUUGAUGAAAUCGAUGGCUAUCUUUAUUAUUUUGGCGGCACAGCCGGAGUGCUAACGCUUACCGGCAUCGCUGCAGCUUCGGCAUAUUAUUUUACAUCCCGGCCCAUACCGGAAAAACCAUUAGUGCCUCUGGAAAAUCAAUCGCCUAUACUGGAAGGUCCGGAACAAAUUCAUGUCUCGAAGUUCUACAAAGAAUCAAAAAAUGGCAAAUUCGUGUCGUACAUCACAGAGAAUGUACGAACCCUGUACCAGACGUUUCGUGAGGGUGCCUAUGCGUCCAACAAUGGACCAUGUCUGGGAUGGCGAGAAACCCUAACAUCUCCAUAUCAGUGGAUCAAUUACGAUGAAGCUCUGCUGCGCGCCAAGAACUUUGGCUCCGGCAUGCUUGCCCUGGGCGUAAGACCUAAACAGCUGGUGGGCAUCUACUCACAAAAUCGUCCCGAAUGGAUUCUGUACGAGCAGGGCUGUUACUGUUAUUCGCUGGUGGUGGUACCGCUCUACGACACCCUUGGACCAGAUGCCUGUGCUUUUAUCAUUCGUCAGACUGAAAUGUCAAUUGUGGUGGUGGAGGAUGAUGCGAAAGCCUCCUUGCUUUUGGACAAAGCACCACGUUCGCUGAAAAUCCUUGUGGCCAUAAAACCGGUGAGGCCAGCUACUUUGGAAAAUGCCCGCAAUCGAGGCAUACAAAUCUUUUCGUUUAUCGACGUCGAGAAAUUGGGUGCCAAAAGCAAUCAUCCCGAAGCACCACCUAGCUCCGAAGAUCUCUGUACGGUGUGUUAUACGUCAGGAACCACGGGCAAUCCUAAGGGUGUUAUGCUAACACAUGGCAAUGUUGUUGCUGGAGUGUGCGCUGUCAUAUUGCAGUUGGGUGAUCAUCGCAUCCGUGCUAGUGACGUCAUGAUUUCGUUCCUGCCAUUGGCCCAUAUGUUCGAACGCUGCUGUGAGAAUGGCAUGUACUAUGUGGGAGGGUGCGUUGGCUUCUAUUCGGGCGACAUCAAAGAACUGAACAAUGAUUUGAAGAUGUUGAAGCCAACCGUUAUGCCGGCCGUGCCUCGUCUAUUAAAUCGUGUCUAUGAUAAAAUUCAAAAUGAAAUCGCUGCCUCGUCCAUAAAGAGAGCCUUAUUUAAUAUGGCUUUAAAAGCCAAAGAGAAAGAAAUAUCCAGAGGUAUAUUGAGACGCAAUGGUUGCUGGGAUAAGCUGGUAUUCAAGAAGGUGCAUCAAGCUUUUGGUGGAAAUCUUCGUUUGAUGGUGGUGGGUUCAGCUCCAUUGGCUGGUAAUGUUUUGACUUUUAUGCGCUGUGCUUUGGGCUGUUUGGUGGUUGAGGGUUAUGGCCAAACCGAAUGUACCGGUGCCAUAACAUUGACAGUGCAGGGAGACUAUGUGCCCAAUCAUGUGGGUCCACCCGUAUCCUGUAAUGCCAUUAAGCUGGUGGAUGUACCAGAAAUGGAAUACUAUGCCAAUCAAAAUACUGGUGAAGUUUGUGUUCGAGGUUCAAAUGUGUUCCAUGGUUACUAUAAAGAUCCUGAAAAAACUGCCGAAGCCAUUGACCCUGAGGGCUGGCAUCACACUGGAGAUGUUGGCAUGUGGUUACCAAAUGGUACAUUACGUAUCAUUGAUCGUCGCAAGCAUAUCUUCAAGCUGAGUCAGGGUGAAUAUAUUGUGCCCGAGAAAAUUGAGAACAUUUACACUUUAAGUCAGUACGUCAAUCAAGUCUUUGUUUAUGGCGAAAGUCUGAAGAGCUGUAUUGUGGCUGUGGUUGUGCCCGAUGUUGAAGUCCUAAAACAAUGGGCCAUGGAAAACGGUGUACGUGGUACACUGUCCGUACUUUGUAAUAAUCCUCAAGUGAAAGAACUCAUCAUGACCGAUAUGCUGAAGUGGGGCAAACAGAGCGGACUAAAAUCAUUUGAACAGGUUAAAGACAUUUAUCUACAUCCAGAUCCAUUUUCGGUGCAAAAUGGCCUGCUGACACCUACCUUCAAAUCAAAACGACCACAGUUAAAGAGUUACUUUAAACCCCAGUUGGAGGAUAUGUAUAAGCAUCUGGCCUAAGGCUGUCAAAACUUAUUUAAACUAUAAUCAACCAACCAAAAAGCAAAAACAACAACAACAACAAAUUAAAAAAAACAAUAAUUACAAAUAAUAAUUUUAAAUAAUAAUCUCAAGAAGUUAGCGAAAAAACGUAAACUAUUUUUAUGACCUAUCAAAACCAAAACCAACCAGAAAACAGGCUGCAACUAUUCAAUUUUUAGAAUUUCUCAACAACUUCUUUUAACAUUAUUCUCUUUCUCUGAAAAAAAUUAAAUAUUAAUUAAAUAAAAACGAUAAGACUAUUUAGCUACAACAACAUAUUUAAAAAAUAUAACAAUUAAACAGGAACAGUAACAGAAUUAUAAUAAAGAAGAAAAAUAAAUAAAUAAUUAAUUAGUAUCUCUUUUAACACUAAAUAGAUGAUAGGUAAAAAGUAAUCGAGCCAGAAUUGAGAUGAAACACAUACAGACACACAAACACACAUUGAUAUCAUGCAAAACAAACGAAAGCAAUAAUUUCAAGAAACGAAAAUACGAUUUUAUCACAACUAAAACAAAAACCACAAACAAAACA